AUGUAGAGAGUCAUCGUUUACUACGCAUUCAAAAUAUGGGAUGGUCUCUUUGUUGGAAACAGCCGUGCUCCUUUAGUAUUUAUUAUAUUUUAAAUUGAUGAGGAACGAGACUUUCUUUAAAUGAACAAAAUAAAUAAUAUCAUUAAUUGUGCUGCGGCUGAACUUACAUUUAAUGGCAACGGAAACGCACUCUGUUUCAAUUGGAGAGACGAUGACGAACAAGUAAAUUCUACAUUCAAAUUUAGAGUAUUGUUACAACUGAAAAUAUCGAAAAAAUAAGUGAAUUUAUUGAAACAGCCACAAACAACGGAGAGGGAGUCUUGCUUUUCUCGCUUAGAGGGUAAAGCAGAGCCCUAACAGCACUGGCAGCUUACUUAAUUUACAAGUAACUUCCUUACUGAAUUUCUUUAGAUAUCAAUGGAGUCUAAUCAAAACACUCUAAUUCUUAAACUCAAGAAGGAAGGACUUUGAAAUCAGACCAGCUUUCUUAAGAUAAUUAAUGAGCUUUAGCAUUGAAUAUUUCAAAAACAAUUAAGAAAGCAAGAAUUGGGAUCAUUUUACAGAAAAUUAAGAAAUUUUGGUUAUUUAAAAUACCUAUUUGAAUUCCCAAUCAUAACCACCAUUAAUUACAAAAACACUUGGAACUUUGACAAGAGGAUAAAAAUAAAAUGUAUCCUGGUCUAUUAACUUGAUAUAAUAGAUACAAACAAUCUAGAUUAAAGAAAUACAACAAAAAAAGGAGUUAAAAUCUAUUUUAAAAGGGUCUACUUCUAAUUUUCAGAAAGAGAAAGUAAGGUGUGUUUCUGUUAUUGAUAAUUCAAACUAAUGUUUUGACGAGAGCAUUCUAUAAAAUAUGUAUAUCAAAAAAAAGUUACAAACACCCAAAAUUAAUAGUUUAAGUUUGGAAAACAAAGCAAAAAAAAAUGAAUUGCAAAUUACUGGCAUGUCAUAACAAAGGCCUGUCUCUAGAAGGCCAUAUAAUUUCACUCCAGAAAAACAAAGAAUAAUGCAGAACACUAAACAGAUUCUGGACACGUAUUUGAAUGCGUAAUUAAAUAAUUUAUCGUUAUUGAGAGGUCGAACCUUCUACACUCCUAAGAGAGAAAGAAUAAGGGCAAUAUCUUAAUAGAAUACAACUCCCAAUAAAACUCCAACUCGAACCAAAUAAUCCUUUUUUUUAUUCGAAAAUCAAAAUACAAGAUGGAUUAAUCCAAAAUAAUAACCUUAAUUUAAAAUUAAAUGA